AAUGAUCGACGAAGAGAAAAAGGAUCGGUGCGAAAAGAAUUGCAUAAUGCUAUACGAAAAAAAGUUUCGAAAGAAUAUAAAAUGCCCAAAAAUCAAGGAGUUUCUUGCAAUAUGCGAAGAAUACGGAACGGGUUGCGUUCAAAGACUUUCAAAGUAUAUUAAAAACCAAUGCCCUUCCUCGGCUACUAAAACUACAAUUCCCACUUGGAGUUUACCGUCCGAUACUGUAACGAAACCCGAAAUCUCAACAGCCUCAACAUCACCUAGUCUUGCUUAUUCUAGUCAAUUUUUUUUUCAAACAUCAACACCAUACGCAAAAGCAACAGCAACAGCAACGGGAACAGAAUUAGAUAAAACAACAGCAACUACUGUAACACAAUCUGAUAGCAUCCAUGAAUCAACUAAAGAACCAGAAAAGCCUUUAUGGGAGAUAAGAUUGGAAUCGGCAAAAUCUAUUAAACUUAAGGAACGAUGGCUAUCAAUUGAAUACGUAAACGUUUCUAUAUGGGUUGACAGAAAUCAACUGUGCCAAGGAUGCCAAGUCUAUAUAGAGAUUAUAUACAAGAAUUUAGAUAAUUUUAGCUGUAACUCUGUAAAAGUUGAUCAAGUUGCUUUUGGAUAUAAUAGAUUCUCUAUAAACGAAAAUUUUUGUCGUAUAUCCGUUUCUGAAGAUAAAUUUACUAGCGGACAUUGGAUGUCGAGAGAGAUAGCUGUUUAUCCAAGAAUUGAUGGAACAUUAGAUGGUUUGAGAAAAGGCCAAAUUGAAAUUGGUCUUAGAACAAAGAAGGAAAAUGGUCCAUCUGUAUUCGUAGACGUAUCUGUAGAAAAUGGCGAUGUCUCUGGUAUUUGUAGAUCUGUAAACGAUCCACACAUUCUGACGUUCGAUGGAUUGCAAUACAACAACUAUAAUGAAGGAGAAUUCGUUUUAUAUAGUCAUACCAGCCUACCUUUUAAGAUUCAUGCUGUUUAUCAGAGAUGUUCGAAAACUAUUACAGCUACUUGUAACUGCGCGGUUUUAAUUCAGAGCGCUGAUGACGUCAUAUCUAUAGAUAGAUGUUCCAGAUUGUCAGAAAAUCCAGUAUUAUUGCACAAUCAUACAAUUGUUUAUGAAACUGCUUCUGUAUUAACUGCAAAAAUUUAUUUACGAGAUAAUUUCACAAAAGAAACCUAUAUAAGAUCAUCAAUGUUCGGUAAACGUUUUGAAGUUUACUUACCCAACGGGGUAACUGUAAACGUAGAAGCAUUUUCAGAAGAAUUCCUCAACGUAUGGAUAAUACCGGGAGGCUAUGAUUUUAACAAUACUAGAGGAUUGUGUGGGUAUUUAGAUAAUGAUGUGGAAAAUGAUCUCAAACUUCGUGAUGAAUCAUACUUGAAGUCUAAUACGGCUAAUAACUUAGAGAAAUUUAUUAAUAAUUGGAGAGUUGAUAUCCAAUCGAAACAUAGUUUAAUGAAUGGAUACGUUCUUAAUGAAAUAGCUAGUCUUGCAAAGAUGAAUUUAGAUUUGGAAACAUUUUGUUUAUGUUCCAAGGAAAAUAAAUGUUCAGAAAGUUUAUCGGUCCAUCAUUGCUUCGAUAAAGAUUUAAAGGACAUAACAGAUUCCUUAUUGGCCAAUGCGGUUAUUGUAAAUUAUAAAAAAUAUUACAGGUUAAAAAGACAUAUCUCGUCAAAUCAAUCAGGAAGAUCUAAUUUAAUAAUUAAUCAAGAUUAUAAGCCUAAAAAGGGAAAGGAUUGGCCUAAAAAUAGCAGAAUUUCAAGGAAGGAAGCCAGAAAGAUUUGCGAAGACGAAUUAGCUAAUUCAGCUCAAGCUAAAAUUUGUAAUAAUCUUGACGGAUUCAGUACACACAACGAAUUAGAAAAUUGUAUUGAAGAUAUAAGAGUAUCACAAUCGAAAGAUUGGCUUAUAGACGCAACAAAUUCGGCUAAUUAUAAAUGUAAAAAAAUUAUUGAAAGAAACGCUUCAAGUAGCGAAAAUUUAAAGAAUAUGGUUAAAAUGAUGUGCCAGAACAGUUGUUCAGGUAACGGAAACUGUACUGGUGGAGUUUGCGCUUGUAAUCAAGGAUAUAAAGGCACGGAUUGCUCUAUUAAAAUUAAUGAUAUUCCUGUUUUACAGAAAAUUUUCAACAACGGUCUAUGCGAUAGCCUAACUCAGAACUGCACUUCGACGAUAAUCUAUGGAAAACGUUUCGAUCCCUACAGCAAUUUUACCUGCUUAUUUACUCCCUAUACUAAGAUGAAUAACAAGAUAACACAAACAGAUGGUGUUGCUUACACGAAAGUUGGUACCCUUAGGAAUUUUAACUCUAUUGAAUGUCCAGUACCAACAAAUUGCAUAAAUUGUGUAAUAUCAAUUACUAAUGGUGGACAACGAAGCAAUACAUCAUUACUCUAUACAAUAUAUAAUGGAUCUUGUCAAAGAUGUUAUAGCAGACCAUUGCUCUGUGAAAUUCAACAAAAUGCCUGUGCAAUUAAAAGUCAAGAUGAAAAUGAAAAAUAUAACUGUCACGCAUCCGGAGAUUCACCACAUUACGAUAACUGUCUUGUUUGCAAUCCAUUAAAGGCUAAACACGGUUGGACAAGAAGCGAUUCAUUAUUGUGCGUUAAAUUACCCGAUUGGGCUAUUGCAGUUUUAGCAGCAUCAGUUGGAGCAUUAUUAGGAGUAAUUUGUGGAGUUUUAAUAUAUAAAUGUUGUUUUAAAUCCUGCCGAAAGAAAUCGUGUUCCGAUAAUAACGAAACGUCAAUUUCAAAUUCAUUUUCUGGAGUACUAAACGUUCAAGGAAAUAGUUUAAUAGGCGCUAAUUUACAUAGAUCACCACCCAACUAUUUCAAUGGAUUUACAUUUAGACCAAAUUUCGAUCAACCAGAAUUUGAUGGUGAAUUUUUAGGUGUUGAAAACGGUAUAAGAGGCGAUACAUAUUUCUAA